AUGGAUGAUGUGGGACAACAGCUGGUUGUGUAUGGAGGAGAAGAUGCUGGUUCAAAAAAAUCUGAUGCAGCUGCUGAUAUCUCUGGGGCCGAGAAUACAGAGGGUGGUGAUGAUGUUAAUCUGGAUGCUAAUAUGGGUAACUAUAGUGAUAGUGAUAGCUUUGAUUCAGAGUACGAACCAUCUGAGGAAGAGAAAGAGACUGAAGAUGAUUUACACUUUACCAGCAGUGAAGAUGAGCUUGAUCCUGCUGUCAGUGGAUUUGAAGAUGUUAAUGUGCUGAAUGAAAAAAGUCGGGCAGUGAAAAAUAAAAGGGUUGCAACUGAAAACUUUGAGGAUGAAGAUGGAGCAGGGAGUGAUGAAGUAGAGGAUGACCAUGAGGUUGGAGGUUUAGGGUCAGAUUCAGACCACCAGGGACAGAGUUAUCCAGUUCACAAGCAUCAAAAAGACAUGAGCCAGUACAAGUGGGAAGUGGGCACAGUGUAUGCUACAAGGGAAGAGUUCAAGGACACUGUGACUGCAUAUGCUGUGCAGAGGGCUCGGGCAAUCACAUUUAGAAAGUGUGAUCUGCAGAGGGUAAGGGCAGUUUGCACUGGCAAGUGUCCGUUUUGGCUGUAUGCUGCGAAGAUGAAAGAAGAGGAUAGUUGGCAGCUUCGUAGCAUGAACUUGACUCACACGUGUACACAAACACACAGGGUGGGGAUUUUGCACUCUAGAUGGCUAGGGAAGGCAUUCAAGAAGAAAGUGGAAUCAAAUCCGAGGGUGAAGAUUAGGGAGUUAGUUUCAAAGGCUCAAAAAAAGUGGAACUUGACUGUCACCAAGUCAAUGGCAACGAGGACAAAGCAGAUUGCACUUGAUGAAAUCCAGGGAACCUUUCGAGAACAGUAUAAGAGGAUAUAUGAUUAUGCACAUGAGCUGAUGCGGGCAAAUCCUGGGACAUCUGUUCGCUUACAAGUGCAAAGGUACCCUGAAGUUGAAAACGAGGUUGCCUCAUCACAAACCAGCUGCUGUAUCUUUCAGAGGAUAUAUAUCUGCUUGGAAGCAUGCAAGCAGAGCUUCAACCAUUGUAGGAGCUUUAUCGGUCUAGACGGCUGUUUUUUGAAGACACCACAGGGGGGACAACUGCUCACUGCCAUUGGUUGGGAUCCAAACGAUCAAAUGUUGCCCGUUGCCUAUGCAGUUGUAGAGGCUGAGACCAAGGACUCAUGGACUUGGUUCCUUAGUCAUCUUGCAACUGACAUUGGUGUUGAGAAGAUGGGAAGAACUACUUUUAUGUCUGACCAGCAGAAAGGUUUGUUGCCAGCAUACGAAGCUGUUAUACCAGGUGUGGAGAAUCGAUUCUGUGUGAGGCACCUAUACAGCAAUUUCAGAAAACGGUUUCCAGGGUUACAUUUGAAGCAAAUAAUGUGGAGGUGUGCUAAGGCUACUCACUGGAGGGACUGGGAGAAGAACAUGGCCGAACUAAAGGCUGUGAAUCAGGAAGCCUAUAGGUACCUAAUUGCUAUCCCCCCUAUGUAUUGGUCUAGAUCUAGGUUUACCUAUAACUCUAAGGUAGAUACACUGGUUAACAAUAUGUCUGAAAGCUUUAAUGCUGCCAUAGUUGAUGCUAGAGAGAAACCUAUACUAACAAUGUUAGAGGAGAUCCGGGUUAAACUGAUGACUAGGUGGGCAGAGAAUAGGGAGUUGGCUCAGAAGUAUGCAGGGACAAUCUUACCUAGGAUUAGAAUCAAAUUGGAGAAGAGGUCUAGAUCUGCUGGUGACUGGCGUCCAUAUUGGUCUGCUGCUCAGACAUAUGAGGUUAUGAAUGGGUUAGAUAAGUUUACUGUUGACUUAGGAUCCUGUGAGUGCUCUUGUAGAAGGUGGCAGUUGAGUGGAAUACCUUGUGUCCAUGCAAUUGGGUGCAUCAAAUUCAAAGGGCUUUCGUUGGAACCUUAUGUGGCUGACUGCUACAAGAGAGAAGCAUACUUGAGGUGCUACGAGGCAGUAAUUCACCCAUUGAAUGGCCCUGACCUAUGGGAGAUUACACCACAUCCUGAUGUAAUGCCUCCCCCAUACAGAAGACCUAGUCACAGGCAAGUCAAAAAAAGGAAGCCAGCUGCUGGAGAUGAAGAAGAAAGCAGCCGCACUCACAUGUCCAGGAAGGGGGAGAAACAGAGGUGCUCUAUAUGUGGUGUUGUUGGGCAUAAUAAAAGCAGAUGCCCUAAACCUAUUGAGAAUGAGGCCCAAAAUUCCAAGAAACAAAGCAAGGGCAACCAAUCCAGGGGAAGCAACAACUCUAUCCCUCCAGCUGCUAAGGGAGGAAAGAAAAGUGCAUCUACACAGCCCACUCCCAAGCUCACUGUGAAGAGAAAAAUUGCUUCAGCAACACAGCCAACAAGCUCAGCCCAGUCCAACACUGUAGCACCACCAAAAAGGCCUAGAGGCAGGCCCAAGGGGACCUUGAAGCCCACACCUUCAGCCCACCCUGAUCCACCAACUUCAUCAUCACAACCAACCUCCACUGUUCUUCCAGCAUCUCAUAGACACAGCCCCAAAAUCUGCGACCUGGGUUCUCCUUGGUCCCCGAGAUUCGCAACACCGGCUUCUCACCGUGAGAACAAAGUAGCAGCCUACCUUGUGACGAAGAUGGGAUUCGAGACGAGGUUGAGCUUCGUGCAGCCAUGGCUGUCUCCCUCCAGCAGGUCCUCAGGGUGA